AUAAGGAAAGUGCCCUCCAAAGGAGUGUGGUGAAGCGCGAAUCACACGCCACGACACAGUCAAAUUCAGCGCACGCACCUGGUUGCUUUCUCUCUCUCUCUCUCAAUUGUGAUGGACCCACGCGAUGCCGAUACUUCUCAGCUUCAGCCUCAGCCUGACGAUGAUUUUGAACCUUUAAGGGUUUCUGUCGAUCGAAUUUUUAGCAGAGUUAACAAGCUUGAGAAGCUAGUGUCUGAGGUUGAACUGUUCUAUGAAUCCACUGAUAAUGUUCAAGGUAAUAAUACUUCUAAAGGUGGCUCAGUUGUAAAAGAGAAGGGCCGGGAAAAACAUCUUAUUGGCACUAAAAAGCCACUGCAAGAUGCAUCGCAUACAGAAGCUGCUUCUGCAAAGAGAAUGCAGGAGCUCAUGCGCCAAUUUUCCACAAUAUUCCGUCAGAUCACACAGCAUAAAUGGGCUUGGCCCUUCAUGGAUCCUGUGGAUGUAGAAGGUCUUGGGCUUCAUGACUAUUAUGAGGUUAUUGAUAAGCCGAUGGAUUUCAGUACAAUAAGAAGUAAAAUGGAAGCUAAGGAUGGCACUGGAUAUAAUAAUGUCCGGGAGAUAUAUGCAGACGUAAGGUUGAUAUUCAAGAAUGCAAUGAAAUACAACAAUGAAAAACAUGAUGUCCAUGUUAUGGCAAAGACCUUGCUGGAAAAGUUUGAGGAAAAAUGGCUACAACUUUUACCUAAAGUUGCUGAUGAGGAAAACAGACAGUUAGAGGAAGAAGCACAGGCACAACUAGACAUUCAGCUUGCUCAGGAAACCACUUAUGCCAAUAAAGCUAAGGAUAUAAGCACUGAGCUUUAUGAGGUUGAUAUGCAUUUGAAGUCUCUCAAAGAACUGGUGAUUCAAAAGUGCAGGAAACUGUCUACGCAAGAGAAGAAAACGCUUGGGAUAGCUCUCACCAGAUUCUCUGCUGAAAACCUCUACAAGGCAUUGGAAAUAGUUGCUGAGACUAACCCAAGCUUCCAUCCUUCUGCUGAAGAGGUGGACCUCGACUUAGAUGCUCAGAGUGACUACACUCUAUGGAGGUUAAAGGCUUUUGUAAAAGACACAAUGGAAGAACAAGAAAAGGUUGAUGGGGGUGAAGCUGUUAACCCUAAUGAUAACAAUGACGACAAGAAAAACAACUCCAAGAAGAGGAGAGAUUCUGGUGAUUCUUCAGGCAAAACAAACCUGAAAAGGAGAAAACUAUCGGCAUUGUGAUUUGUCAUUAGUAGACUAUAUGAGGUAUUAGUUUAGUGUGAUUGUACCUUACACUGAGUUGGACGAUGCAGUGGGAACAUUCUGUUAACUCCUUUUUCACUGUCAAGUUAUUGGAUCCAACUAAAUUCCUUAUUUUAACAUAAGAUACUAGAUUUUGCCUCAAGUGUGCUCUGUAGGAAGCCAGCUUUUGGAGGCAUGGAGAUCAAAACCGUUGCUAACGUAAUGCUUCCGUGAACAGUAUAUAAGAGGUCAACCAUUUGGAUCUUGUUAAUGUUAUCUUCCGGUUCUGAGGAAAAUUUGAGGCAUCUAUGCCUGCCGGGAAAGAAAAUCGAACAUAUCGUAGGAAAAGAUAUCAAAAGUAACUCGGUCGAGCAGCUUAGAUCACCGAGUGUAGGGGAACUCUCAUUUUUAACUUUUGGAGUACAUACUCAUCUCUGUAAAGGUAUGAAAAGUAACGUGAUAGUUGAUUUGUUG